AUGAUUUCCGAUACAAAACAUUCUUCUAAGGCUAAGAUCUUCACAAAGAAAAAUCUACCCCCCACUAUGGAGUACAUACGUCCCAGCAUGCCUCAGAUAUCAGUUCCACCGGCGCAAAAUCUGCCCAACGGCGAGAAACCAAACUUCGGAAGGUCUACGAAGCAACGUUGUGAACCUAGGAAAGGCACUUCCAGGACAAGACGCGGAGAUGAGGGAGCGACGAUGGUCACCGUCAACAUAGACUCCUUCCUUUGUGAUAAGGCCCCUAAAAAAAAAUCGAGCAAAAACAAGAAGAAAAAAUCAAGACACCACCAGAACACCGGGGCAUCGAUUGACGCAAAACCGCAUGCAGUGGCCCAUACAGUAUUUGCUGGCGCUUCCUUCACAACAGAUAUCCCACAUGAAGCAGCGUUACCUAAGCCUAGUUUUGUUUAG